GCUGAGUUGGAGUGUUAGUAAUUUUAACAUUUGCUGAGAUGUAAUUCUGCCCUAGACAGUAUUCUAGGUCCUGGGGAGACAGCAGUGGGCACAGCAGGCAAAACCCUGGGCUCCCGGAGCCCCCAUUCCAGGGUGGGGGUGACAGAUGAUUAACGAGAAAGCGAGUUAUACCGUCAGAGGAGAAAAGCGUCAGGGAGAGGUUUAAAUCAAUAAGGGCAUUGGUCGUGGGGGGAGUGGCUAGUGGUGGCAAUUUAGGGAGGUUAGCUAGGAAAAACGUCCCUGAGAAAAUGACGCUUAAACAAAGGAGAUGAGGUAACAGUCCCUCUUGCUAUCUGGGGGAGCGCGUACCAGGCCGAGGGGACAGCAUGGCCAAAGGUCCCCAGGUGGGGCGUCCUUGGCAUAUUUGAGAACAAGGCGGGGGGCUGGGGGAGAGGAGUGGGAGGGGACAGGCUGGAGAGGACAUGGGUUCAGGGACCGUAAGGCCCGGCAGGCCCGGAGGCCCGGCUGUGACUGUGCGGCCAUUGCUGGCCUUGAGCGCAUGAGGGCCAUACUGUGACUUGGGGUGACAAGGACCUCUCCUUUCAGGGGGAUCUGAAUGCACUUCUACUCAUUGUAAAGGUCCCACCCAAGUGCCCUUUCCUCCGACCCAGAGACCCGACCCCUCCACCCCCGUUCCUAGGGCUGUUCAGAAGGAACCUGAGACUUGGGGAAGGUGGUACCCCAUAGGGGAGCCAGGGCACCCUGUGUUGCCUGGACCCCAGCCCUGAUGCCAGGCACUGAGAACAGGCCAGCUCCCCCCUUUCCUCCUGGAAUGUUGAUUCUGGUCCAAGAAUUCCCAGUGCUCCCCAGAGUCCCACGACCCUCUCGGCCCUGCAGAGUGACGUCAGCUGCUGGGCAUCUGGUAGUGAUUACCCACUGGGGGAGGGGGCGGUGGGGGCCCAGCCCGCUCAGCCUCCUCAGGCUCAGGGCGGCUGGUCCUUGUCUUCCGAAGGGGCCCAGCUGCUCCUGGCUCUCAUUUCCUGUGGAGACUUUCUCACAGUCCUCGAGACCCCCGGACGCCUCGGGCUGUGGGAACUGUGCUGGUUCAGGAACGAUGGACUGCCCCGCCCCCAGCUGAGACAAUCCCCCUCAACCCUCAGGGGGCCCUGCUUGCAGCGUGGGCCACCUAUGUCGGGGGUGAGGGCUGGGAGGACAGGGGUGGGAUGUAUCCGCAGCUCAGAGGCCCCCUGACUCUACAUCCUUGAACUCAACUCCCCUCUCUGAGCCUCAGUUUCCCCAUCUAUAAACUGGGGAAAUUAACAGCAGCUGCUUCACAGGGUUGCUGUGGGGAUUGGAUGAGAUGUGGCAGGUGGGACAUUUACCCUGGGCUUGACCCAAGAAAGUACCAAUACACGGGAGCCGCUCAUACCGCCAUGCCCAGGGUACAGAAGAGGAAACUGAGGCCCGAUGAGGGGGUUUGCCCAGGGUCACACAGCUUCCUCCCUCCCGGCCGAGGGCCCUCCCCAGAGCCCCAGCGGGUCUUCCCUCUGCACCCACAUGCCCUUUCCUCUUUCUGACAUCGGUUCUGGGCUCCGAUUUGGAUGAAAUCUCUUUCCUUGCCAUCCCCUCCCCAGCUUCCCCUCUCCCCCCACCAGGAGCAGCCUCUGUUUCCUGGGGGGACCACCUCAUGCAAGGGACAGCGCAGAGCCCACCCCGACCCAGUCUGCGCAGCCGUGUGUCCUGGGUCAGGUCCCCAGCUUCCUUUCCUCCCCUAGAACAUGGGGCUUCCGGUCCCGGGCCUUCGGUCAGCAUCCAGCGCGUGCCUUCCCGUCUGCUCUUCUCCUGCACAUUCUGCAGCCUCAGAACUCAGAGUCCCUGGCUCUGCCCUCUUCUUACAAGGCUGCUGCCCUCUCUGAGCUCCUGCCGGGAGCUCACCCCUGCCAAGGAGUCUGAGGGCGCAGAAUGGUGGAGAAGGAGCAGGCUUGCCUCCAGGACAGUGGCCCAUCUUAGAGGUGGUGGGGCAGGGCGGGCGCUAAAGCCAAGGGCCCUCCUGGCAGGAGAUCCCAAAGGCCCGCAGCAGGGUGUCCCUGGAGAGCCGGGGCGUCCUGCCCCAGAUCGCUCUCUGCCCGGGGCCCUUAAAGCGUGAGGAACACAGAGCAGGUUGCUUGUCGGCCAGGGCGGAGUGAAGGUCAAGGUGAAGGCGGGAAAGAAUCUUGCUGCCCCAGGGCAGGAUGGGAGAUCCCGGGGAGAGGGGCUGGGGCAGAGAGAGGAGCCACACGGGCUCGGGAACCUCGCACCCUUCCCUCUCACAGGAUCCUUGUGGCCCCUCUGGGAAGACAGUUAAAAUGAGUCACUUUCACAGAUGAGGACGUUGACCCUCAGAGAGGGGAAGGCAAAGGGAAAGCCAAGAAGCAGGAGGCAGCGGCCGGGGAAGUCUCCACUCAGGGCCGUCUGAGCAGGCCUCCAGGCCCAAGGGGACAAACGAGGGGACAGACAGAGGGCAAAGCUGCCUGUGGGGAGGGAGGGCCCGGGUGGGGCAGGAUGGCGGCCCCUCCACUGCCUCUCCUCGGGGAGCCCGGGGGAGCCGUGCCCUUUCCUCUGGGCCAGGAUGGAGGUCCUGAAGGUCACGUGGUGCUCAGACUUAAACCUGCAUCAGGGGAAUAAAAGGGCUGCUGGAGAGCCGGAGGCUGGCGGGGACUACGUGAAGUUUUCCAAGGAGAAGUACAUCCUGGACUCAUCGCCUGAGAAACUACACAAGGAGUUGGAGGAAGAACUCAAACUCAGCAGUACAGAUCUCCGCAGCCACGCCUGGUACCAUGGCCGCAUCCCCCGAGAGGUGUCCGAGACCCUGGUGCAGCGCAACGGCGACUUUCUCAUCCGGGACUCGCUCACCAGCCUGGGCGACUACGUGCUCACCUGCCGCUGGCGCAACCAGGCCUUGCACUUCAAGAUCAACAAGGUGGUGGUGAAGGCGGGCGAGAGCUACACCCACAUCCAGUACCUGUUCGAGCAGGAGAGCUUCGACCACGUGCCCGCCCUCGUGCGGUACCACGUGGGCAGCCGCAAGGCCGUGUCGGAGCAGAGCGGCGCCAUCAUCUACUGCCCCGUCAACCGCACCUUCCCGCUGCGCUACCUGGAGGCCUGCUAUGGCCUGGGCCAGGGCGGGGGCAAGGCGGCUGGGCCCGCCAGCCCUGCGGGCCCCAAGGGCAGCCACAUGAAGCGGCGCAGCGUCACCAUGACCGACGGGCUCACCACCGACAAGGUCACCCGCAGCGAUGGCUGCCCCACCAGCACAGCACUGCCCCACCCCCGGGAAUCCAUCCGCAACUGUGCGCUCAGCAUGGACCAGAUCCCAGACCUGCACUCGCCUAUGUCCCCCAUCUCCGAGAGCCCCAGCUCCCCCGCCUACAGUACCGUGACCCGUGUUCAUGCCGCCCCCGCAGCCCCCUCAGCCACAGUGCUGCCUGCCUCCCCGGUCACCCGCCGCUCCAGUGAACCCCAGCUGUGUCCCGGAAGUGCCCCAAAGCCCCCUGGGGAGUUGGACAAGGGCCCUUAUGCCAGUCCCUCCCACACCCUCUGCAAGGCCUCCCCCUCACCAUCGCUCAGCAGCUACAGCGACCCGGACUCUGGCCAUUACUGCCAGCUCCAGCCUCCUGUCCGUGGCAGCCGUGAGUGGGCAGCAGCUGAGGCCUCCAGCCGGCAGGGCAAGAGCUACGGAGAGAGGCUAAAGGAACUGUCAGAAAAUGGGGCCCCCGACGGGGACUGGGGCAGGGCCUUCACAGUCCCCAUCAUAGAAGCCACCUCUUCCUUCAACCCAGCCACUUUCCAGUCACUGCUGAUCCCCAAGGAUAACCGGCCCCUGGAGGUGGGCCUCCUGCGCAAGGUCAAGGAGCUGCUGGCAGAGGUGGACGCCCGGACGUUGGCUCAGCAUGUCACCAAGGUUGACUGCCUGGUUGCUAGGAUACUGGGCGUUACCAAGGAGAUGCAGACCCUAAUGGGAGUCCGCUGGGGCAUGGAGCUGCUCACCCUCCCCCAUGGCCGGCAGCUACGUCUAGACCUGCUGGAAAGGUUCCACACCAUGUCCAUCAUGCUGGCUGUGGACAUCCUGGGCUGCACCGGCUCUGCUGAGGAGCGGGCAGCGCUUCUGCACAAGACCAUCCAGCUGGCCGCCGAGCUUCGGGGGACCAUGGGCAACAUGUUCAGCUUCGCUGCGGUCAUGGGCGCCCUGGAUAUGGCCCAGAUUGCCCGGCUGGAGCAGACAUGGAUGACUCUGCGACAGCGACACACGGAGGGUGCCAUCCUCUACGAGAAGAAGCUCAAGCCGUUUCUCAAGAGCCUCAAUGAGGGCAAAGAAGGCCCACCGCUGAGCAACACCACAUUUCCUCACGUCCUGCCGCUCAUCACUCUGCUGGAGUGUGACACAGCCCCGGCCGAGGGUCCGGAGCCCUGGGGCAGCACGGAGCACGGCGUGGAGGUGGUGCUGGCCCACCUGGAGGCUGCCCGCACGGUGGCACACCAUGGAGGCCUGUACCACACCAAUGCCGAGGUCAAGCUGCAGGGGUUUCAGGCCCAGCCCGAGCUCCUGGAGGUUUUCAGCACCGAGUUCCAGAUGCGCCUCCUCUGGGGCAGUAAGGGCGCCAGCAGCAGCCAGGCCCGGCGCUAUGAGAAGUUUGACAAGGUUCUCACCGCCCUGUCCCACAAACUGGAGCCUGCCGUCCGCUCCAGCGAGCUGUGACCCCCGUGGACCCUUCCCCUCUGCAGCUGCGGGCAGCAUCCGGGACAGAGGGGCACAGACCUUUCUCCAGAGCACCCCAGGGACACUGUGACCAGCCCAAGAAUGUACCGGACUCCACGCCAAGAUCGCCCUUGCGCCCCCGGGGUUCUGCGUGGAUUCUGGGCUCCGUCCCACCUGCUACAUGCUCACCACGUCUCCUUCAGGAAGAACCAGGAUCCCUGUUCCUCCCUCCAGCUCUGCCUCUCCCCGUCCUGCUGAGGUGCCCUGUGUUUGAGCCAUGGGAGGCUCCUCACGCCUCCUCACUCUCCUCCAGGCAUCUGCUCCCCACCGACACCAAGGCCUCCAUCUGGCUGUAAAUAAGUCUCCGUUCUGUAAAUAGAUGUACAGAAGCCAUGCUCUUUCUUUCAUAUAAUAAACUUUUAUGUCUCUUU